AUGUAUAGACGUGUUAUUGCACGUAACUAUGUUGGUCUUGCUUUCAACCAACAACAAAAGACAGAAACAGUUGAUCGCUCCUUAAAAUCAUUUCAACAUACUGUCAAUGGAGCUACUGCGACCAUAUCCGAAGUUGGAAAAGACGUCACUACUGCUAACCAAACAGAAGCUAUAUUCGAAGUUGUAUCUUCUGGACCUGGUUCUGCUUUGUUAGUCAAGCUUCCUCCUGAAUCUGAAAUCACAGCUGUCACUGGUUCAACAUUAGCAUGCUCAACAAAAGUAUUUUCCAAAUUAUCUCUUGAUACAAGCACUGUACGAGCUGUUGGUAGAAAACUGGUGGGCGAUAACAUGUUUUAUCAAAAAUAUUAUACCAAGAGCGCAGCUGGUGAUAUCUUAUUAGCACCACAGCGUCUUGGCGAAAUAUCAAUCAUUCAGUUAAAGAGUAGUGCCAAGUAUAUGUUACGUCGAGAUGCCUUUUUAGCCAAGACAGAAAAGGUCACAUUGGAUUUAGGCAUCAAUCAUGAUCAAUCGGGACUUGUGAACAAGUUGGUUCAUUCUGUGAGUGGGCCUGGUACAUUAGCCAUUAGUCAUUAUGGUGGUAUCUAUCGCAUUUCGCUUGCAGCGGGAGAAGAGUAUAAGGCAAAUCCUCUUAAUUUGAUCAUGUGGGAUAAGCGUACAAGUCCCACACAACCUCAGGCUCACAGUAGAUUAAUUCCUUCUCCUCGAUCUACUCUUCGAAAGUAUGAAGUCAUUCGAAAUAUUGUCGACAGUCCCUCACUUCAGCCCAAGCUGCAGUAUGCAAAUCAUGUACUUUUGACACUUCGAAACUUUAUCCUUGGUACACCCGAAUUUGUAAAGCUAAAAGGACCUGGUGACUUUUAUUUAGCUUCUCGAGUUGAACCUCGAUUGGAGAAAUCAAGAUUAAUGAAUGCAUUGGCUGCUGUUAAUGAUUCUACAAACCAAUUAUUUGAACAAUCCAGCAUAUUUCCUGCAGAAGAACCUGAACGAGUCCUUCCAACAGCUUUUAAAAGAAAGCAUCCGGGAUAUGCACAAAAAUCAGAAGGUGGCUUUCCAUCUUAUUAUGCCGAAGUUGGACCCAAAGGUGUUGUAUCAUUUAAUAAAGCGUAG